AUGAGCACGGCGGCCAAUCGCGCGGCAUAUGGCUCAGGCCCUGGGCCAGGGGCAGUCGCUGGGAGAUCGCCUAUGGGUGCAAUCCAGCCUCGUGCGGGUAUCUCGCUCGCAGCGCAAGCGCAAUCACACGCCUCCGCCGUCGCCAAUGCCAAAGCGAGCGCAACAGCAACAGCAACAGGAAGCGGUGUCAGCCGGGGCCCCGCUGGCACUGCUCCUGUGACGGUUAAUGCCAGCCGCAAAGCGCCGCCCGCACCUUCAUCUGCCUCUGGAUCUGCAUCGUCACGUCGCGCCCCUGCGGUGCACCACACGAAUCAGCAACAGGCCCACCCACACUCACAACAGCCUCAGCCAGCAGCACGACCCUCGACGCGGUUGGAAAGGGAGAAAAAGAAAGACUUCGCCGACCCUGAGAACAUCGGACCGUGGAAGUUAGGUGCUGUGAUCGGAACCGGCGCUUCUGGCCGCGUCCGCCUUGCGCAUCACGUCAAGCAUGGCACACGUGUGGCGGUCAAGAUCAUCCCGCGGCACCAGCUGGAGAACAAGAAUGGCGGGGGAGGAGGCGCUGGCCCGGCACCGGGUACCGAAGCACAAAAGCGCUUAGAGAAGAUGGAGAUCGGCAUCGAAAGGGAGAUCAUCGUCAUGAAGCUCAUCAAACACGACAAUCUCUUAAGUCUCAUUGAUGUGUAUGAGACAAAGAAGGUCCUCUACCUCAUCAUGGAGUAUGUCGAAGGGGGCGAGCUUUUCGACCACCUCGUCGCAUGCGGGCGUCUCGAAGUGGACUCUGCGCGUGCCUACUUCCGUCAAAUCAUGUUCGGCGUCGACCACUGCCACUCAUUCAAUAUCUGUCACCGUGACUUGAAGCCGGAAAACCUGUUGCUCUCCAAGGACAAGAGCCAAGUCAAGGUCGCAGACUUUGGCAUGGCUGCGCUGCAGCACUCCGGGCGAAUGCUCGAGACGAGCUGUGGCAGUCCUCACUAUGCCUCGCCUGAGAUUGUCUCAGGACGCGCCUACGUUGGUACGUCAACUGAUAUAUGGUCCUGCGGUAUCAUCCUCUUUGCACUGCUUUGCGGCAAGCUCCCCUUCGAUGACCCAAACAUGAGCACGCUCCUGCAGAAGGUCAAGGACGGGAAAUUUGAGAUGCCCAAGCACCUGCGCGAUGAGGAUGCCAAGGACCUCAUAUGCAAGAUGCUUGUCGUAGACCCGCGCAAGCGCUACACAAUGAAGGAGAUAUUCGCGCAUGACUGGUUUACCAAUCACGGCAAGCUUUCCAGCACCAAUCCUGUCCAAGUCGUCGCGGACGAUCUGCCUGUCGAGCUGCCCCUCGUGGGGCUGGAUGACGACGAUAUCUUUCGAGGCCUUACAUACCUUUUCCAAGGCGUCUCGAGGGACGAGCUACGGGCGCAACUGCUGAGCAAGGCGGACAAUUGGCCGAAGAGGUUCUACAAGCUGCUCCUUAGAAAUCAGACUGCCGCCGAUGAAGAAGAGUGCAGUGACGACGAAGGAGCUAGUGCGCAGCAACAGCAAUUACAACAACAACAACAACAACAACAACAGCGCCAACAGAAGCAGCAACAGGCGCAAUUGGUAAAGCAGCAGCAGAGAUCGUCGAGUUCCGGCUCGCGACCAACAAAAGCUGCGGUCACAACCACAACUUCGUCUUUCAGCGCUGCUGCCAGCACCGCGUCCACCACCGUGACGAAUGGUGGCCGAGAUGACAGAGCCCGUCCUCGCCGCUCGCUGGACAAAGACCAGACACAAACGCAAACCACGCGCACAAGCAGCGUCAGCAGGACCCCGGGCCAGCAUCAGCGCACCCCUGUGCUGAACAGGCGGUCAUCCGCAGAACCCUACAGCUCACCAAGCGCGCGUACUGCCGACGGAGAUUCUGCAGCAGCGCGCGGUAGUCCACGGGCAACAGCUGCCAACUCGUACGCAAGCACAGGUCCCGGUUCGCGGUCUUCUUUCGAUCAUCCCCGCGCAAACGCGACUCCUAGUGCGUACGACACUCCCCAGUCGCUUCGUCACCAGCGCUCGAGUGUAGAUGGCACGCCAACGCGCGGUGUGCCGCAGAUCACAUUCCGCGGUGCCACGCCUGGCACGGACGGCUUGGACGCGGGGCUCGCAAGCGCCAAAGACGCUGUUACACCUGCUGCAACACAUGGUGCGAACAUGGGCACGGGUGCGAUUAGCAAUGCAAGCAACGCAAUAUUGGGGGCGGGUACGAGCGCUGGUGCAAGCGGAGCUGCGGCUGGCUACAAGCGUCAAGCUGCGGCAAGCGUUCCUAUCAGCCGCGCUGGAUCACUACGCCCACCUUCCCGUCCAGCUUCGCCAGACAAGGCUCUGUCCAAUCGACCCACGAGCUCGAUUCAGCAACCAGUCAUCCCAGUCCCGUCCGUUGGUGAUGCAGCCGUUCAGCACUUCCUUAAAGAGGUCGCCGAUGAACUUGCUUCGAUCCGCGCUAGCGGUGCGGAUCCUGGCCGUGCAGAUCGUUUGCAGGCCAAGAUGCAUCGAGCCCAGGUGUCGGGCUGGUUGAGCCCUCGCUCCGUGGGAGCAACUUCACCGUCGCCAGCAGCUGAUGUUCGUUUCGAAGAUGCAGAUGACGACCGCAGCGAAGCCGGGAGCUACAGAUCAGGGACGGACUCUAGCUCACCUUACACCCCUACUUCGCCUCUACCACCCGUCCUUUAUGGUGGACCGGAGACCAUCGUGGCUCCCCUCACCAUCGCGGACAAGGGCAAGGCGCGCACUGGCGACGUGCCUGUCUCGCCUCGCAAGCGCUCUAGUCAGCUGUCGAUUGACAGCCAAGGGAAUACCAACGCCCACGCUAACACGAUGGUUGCACGCUCCUCAACCCGUAGGUCCGCCACGUCCACGCGAGCGAGCGUCUUCAGCACAGGGACUUCGCACAGCAAUGACUCUGAAAGGCUGAGCGUCGUCAUGGGUGGCGGCGCACGCGCCUCUGGCAUCACUUCACGGGAUGAGAUUGGUAUGCCCUAUGAACAGACACGCCCCGGUCCUUCGCCCCUUCGUAUUGAGAGCAAGAGCAAGGCUGCCACGGCUGGCCAACCGGCAGGGCUCACUCGUCUCCAGCAGAAGAAUCCCGGGCUGGGGCUUGACUUGAAGGCCGCGAGUGGUACCGUCGAGAGCACCGUCUCUUCGCCGGUUGCUAGUACUGUGUCGUCCGAGUUCUCCAGCCCCAGACAGGCAAGCUGGUUUGGCAGCAUUUUUAACUGGAAGCCAUCGAGUUUCACGCUCAAUUCGAUCGAGAAUUUGACCGUCACACUGGAGACCGCCAAGAAGCUCCUGCAAAGCUUCGGGGUGGUGACGUCGGUGGAAAACUCUGAGCAUGCUCCUGUGCUCAAGUGCUCGGCGCUGGAUGUGAAGGACUCGACGGGCCGGCUAACGGCGAACAAGCAAGUCCGUUUCCGCAUCGAAUUCGUCAUCCUUCCCAUCGUCUCGGCCGCUGGCGCCCCGUCCAGUCCGAAUCGCCUGAGCGUUGCGUCACCUACGCUGUCCACCUACUCGGACUCUUCCAGCGGCAGCGGCGGUGCUGGAGGGGCAAGGAGAGCCAACAGCAUCCGGGCGUCGAGCAUCUAUUCGGCUGCAGGCUCUGCUGCUGGUGGGGCCGCGGGCGUGUAUGCCACCAAAGUCAAAAUCACACAGGAGAAGGGCAGCAACAACACGCUCAAGACCAUCUUUGCUCUUUUGCGCGAGCAGUGGACGCUCGACAUGCUCGCGCGCAGCCCCGAUGCUCGCUCGAGCAUCUACUCUGCGAGUCCCAACAUGUAG